UUUUAUCAUGCGAUUGUAAUUUGUUGACUUAUUGGCUGGAAGGAUCGAUCGUUAGACAAUCAUUUCUCCAAGCAGACAUUAUUUUUAUCAGUCCCAUAGAUGUUGUUAUUACUGUAAAACUGAAUAUGGGCGAGUGUUACCUUAAACACGAAGAGAAGAUAGGUCGUCUGUUUGACCUCUAUGGACGAUUUCUGGAGCGACACCCUGUUAAAAUCCUGGUUAUCGCCAUCGCAGUGAAUUGUCUCCUUGGUCUUGGAAUGCUUCGACUCCAGGUGGAAAGUGGAGCAGAGCGACUCUAUAUACCAGUUAACAGUCAGGCCUCCAAAGACAGGGACUAUCUAGAGAACAUCUACCCUAGUGAACGGGAUUUUAAAUCAGUUGAUGUCUGGGAAGAGUUAAUUCUCACGAAGGAUAGAGGAAAUAUGCUGACGUCAGCGUUUUUAGAUGAUAUCAAGUCUGUUGACAAUUAUAUUCGAAACUUGAUUUUCAUCACUGCAUCGGAAGCAGCUUCUACAUUUACUGAAUUGUGUCUAAAUCGAUUUGGUGUUUGUCUAGUAUCGGGUGAUAUGUUUUUGUCGAAUGAUUUCAAACAAAAGAUGUUAGCGAAUAAUAUAACAUACCCCAUAUUCAAGCAGACGUCUUUAUCUUCUCUUCUUGCGAGUCCCUCUGCGUCAAACGGGUUGCUUACGUCUGCCAUCGGAGUAAAGCUCACAUACUAUCUUCGUAGCGGUUAUUCAGAUCAGUUUAUUAAUGCCAUUCCGGGUGCUGUUGUUACAAUCUCAGAAUUAGCAUACUCGUGUUCCAGUGCAUUAGAUGACGAAAUUGAAAAGAACAUAGGGGGAGACAUUUUGUUCUACGUUUUGACAUUAGCACUAAUGAUGACGUAUGCUUCCAUUGCCACCUCAAGAAUGAACUGUAAUUUUAUAGCAGACAGAAGUUUUUUAGGCCAGGCUGGAGUUUUUGCGGCUGUUCUAUCUGUCUUGCCUUCCUUUGGUUUUGUGAGUCUUAUCGGAGUGAAGUAUAUGAGCAUUGUGGGCGUCAUCCCUUUUCUUAUCAUAGGAAUCGGAAUCGACGAUGUUUUUAUCUUGAUGUCGGGUAUAGCUGAUGCUAAGUCCAUUAAAAAAUCCAGCGUAUCGGACAGAAUUUACUUCAUGAUGAAGACCAGUGGAAUAGCCAUCACCAUAACGUCCGUGACAGACUUUCUUACUUUUCUCAUUGGAGCCAGUUCAGUCUUCAUUAGCGUCAGAAACUUCUGUAUUUACAUUGGUGUGGCUGUGCUUUUCUGUUACUUCAAUCAAAUGACUAUAUUUUCUGCAUGCAUAGUCAUCCAUGAAAGGAGAAUCAAAAGCAAUCGACAUUGUGUGGCAUGUUGUGUAACAACAAAGGAUAAAGAAUUGUUGAGAGAAGAUGGGAAAACAGGAUGUUUACUUUACGCAUGUGCCGGGUAUCCACCUAAAAAUCGCAGAAAUGUUGACAGUCCUCUGGAGAGGUAUCCCAAAAAACUCAUUCAAAAGAUUGUUAGUUACUUGUCACUAAAGAUUAUGAUUAUAUUUAUCUUUGCAAUUUACAUUGGACUUUCUGUGUAUGGUGCCGUUCACCUCCAACAAGGAAUUUCUCUACAAAAUAUUGUUGCGGAUGACUCUUUUCUUCACAAAUACGCCACUUGGCUUGAAGAAUAUUUUAGAACAGAGAUAAUAUUGUAUCUUAAUGUGAAAAAUAAUCAGACAUAUUCUUCUGCAUGGACACAGAGUGUCAUUACAUCAGUGCUAACUACGGCGAAGAACGACAAAGACAUAGAUUCGUCCUUUGAAUUAAACUGGUUGACGGCCUUCAAACAAUCCCCUUUGUAUGUUGAUACCUCUGAAUCUGCGUUUAUUAAGUCUCUCCAGACAUUUUUGAGAUCUAUGAUACAGUAUUCCAGUGAUGUAGUGAUUGAUUCAACUGGAUCGACCAUCAUCUCGUCCCGUUUCUAUUUGAAAACCAACAACUUGAAAUCAACCUACGACCAAGGUCAAAUGAUGUUGCGCAUGCGGGAACUGACAGAUAAUUCUGCUAUUCCAAUGAUAGUAUAUUCUGGCCAAUUCAUUUUCUUUGAACAAUUUGUUGAAAUUCUUCCAAGCACGUUGCAAACUGUCGGAAUCGCCAUCGUUGUUAUAAUAGUCGUCACCAUCUUCUUCAUGCCUCAUCCAACCCUUAUCACCAUUAUAGCGGUGUCCUUAUUUACCAUACUUCUUGGAUUGUUUGGAUUUAUGUACUUUUGGGAUAUUUCCCUCAGUUCCAUAUCCAUGAUACACCUUGUCAUGACUGUUGGGUUCUCGGUAGAUUUCAGCGCCCACAUCUGCCACGCCUACCUUGCCGUAGACUCAGACAACAGAGAUACUAAAGUUCAACUUGCUUUGGACAGGUCAGGAGGACCAAUAUUCAAUGCUGCGUUUUCCACUCUCCUUGGGAUCUCUGUAUUACGAUUUGCCAACAGUUACAUUUUUAAAACUUUUGGAAAAUUGACGUUCCUUGUGAUAUGUUUCGGUCUUGCUCAUUCUGUACUUUUGAUUCCAGUGGUGCUAUCGUUCAUUGGACCAUUAAAAGACAAAAAACUAUACAAUAAUGGCGGGGAAGGCUCACCCAUACCCCGAACUAAAUCAAGUACAAGCUUAAAUCCAAUCUGAUUAUCAAAUACAUUGUUUUGAAUUGGUUAGGAACCGGGAGAAGGCAAAACCCGAGUGACAACAAAAGCGAAUUUAGUUAACAAUUUUGUUUAGUUUUAUCUUAUGAUGAACAAUGUACUUUUAUUAACGCAAAUGUGGUCUCUUUUUUUUCUUUUUUUUGUAAAUGCAUCUUUUUCUCAUUGAUUGCUCCACAGGCUCAUAAUCAUAAUUUAAUUGUAUUGCUAUUUAGGCUUUCAUUGCGUAUUUUUUUAUUUAGCUUUAAUAUUUGAGAAUUUAAAAGAAAUAUAUGCGGUAGUUUUGGAUGAUGUUUAUUGUCAAUUUUACCACAGUUAUUGCAGAAAUCGAAAUACAGCGGAUGCAAGGUGAAGACAACGAACAGUGAUCAAUCUCAUAACUCCUAUAAGCAAUACAAAAUAGAUAGUUGGGCAAACACGGAUCCCUGGACACACCAGAGGUGGGAUCAGGUGCCUAGGAGGAGUAAGUAUCCCCUGUUGACCGGUCACACCCGCCGUGAGCCCUAUAUCCUGAUCAGGUAAACGGAGUUGUCCGCAGUCAAAAUCAGUGUGCCAAGAACGGCUUAACAAUCGGUAUGAAACACGUCAGACAACAUUUGACCCAAUGCGAGGUUGUAUUGACGAACUAGAUCGUUAUAACGACCAUAGAAUUUGCGAAAUGCUGACUUCAAUCGAGACUGUUGAAACCCCUGUACCAUCAACUUGUUUGUCAGUAGCUUACCUCGAUAUCAUUUUACAAUUCACCGAUCAUCAAAAGAUUUUCAAAACAGUGAUACAAUGUAUAUGUUUUCAAAAUCAUGAUUCAGUUCGAAAAACAUUUGAUAUUCCAGUCAAUGGAACGAAUGAAUAUGAAUUACCGUACUUAUACUGAACUCCAAAACUGCAUAAAAUUCCAUACAAAAUCAGAGAUACAUUACAGGAUCCAGUAAAUGUUCUACCAAGUCGCUAUCUUCACGCCUAACAAAAUAGUAACUGUGCACAUGUGCAAGAAGUGGUGUAAAUCAAAUAAGGAUUUUCAAAAAUUUCAAAGAACUGUAGUAAAACUAUUCUCAAACCAACAGCU